CAGCGGCCCCCCUCCCUCCCUCCGGCGCCCGGCCAUGCUGCGGCAGAUCCUGUCGGAGAUGCGGGUGGCGCCGGAGCUGCUGGCGGAGCUGAGCGAGGAGCAGAAGCAGAUCCUCUUCUUCAAGAUGAGGCAGGAGCAGGUCCGCCGAUGGCGCCACAGGGAGGAGGAGGAGGAGGCCCAGGAGGCCGGGGAGGAGGAGGCGUCGAGGAGGAGGAGGAGGCGCUCCCCUGGGAAGUCUGUGCACUGGAAGCUGGGAGCCGAUGGUGACGUCUGGGUGUGGGUGAUGGGGGAGCACCCGCUGGAUAAGCCGUAUGACCUGCUCUGUGAUGAAGAGAGGAGGAGGCGGUCGCUGCCGGAAGCAGAGGCACUGAGGCGUCUAGGGGAAGCCUUCACAGAGCCUUCCGUGACAUCACCAGAAACCAAACUCACGUCAGGAGUGGAGGGUGUGAGAGAAAAUUUCAUGGAGCAGGAGAUGCUGAAAGGGGUGAGACAAGCCCCAGCUGCAGGAAGUGCCCCCAAUCAAGACGGCACCCAGACUGCAGUUAGUAAGGCAAGAAGUGUAGAGGAGAUGCUGGCAGAUUCGAUCAGUCACUCACGGAAGCAGAGGAAAGACGCACAAAUGAGGAGCGCCACGAGUCAGAGCCAGGCGCAAGGAGAAGCACCCCCCAAUCUUGCUGGCAAGUCAACGCAGAAUGCAGACAAGGAGGAUCCUGUUUGGCUGGAAUCCCUGAGGCGAUCCAAAGCAGCCGACGAACGGCGGCGUUCCCUCGCCAAACACGCACGAGACGACUACAAGAGACUCUCAUUGCAAGGCAAGAACAAGGGGAAAGCGGCAGAUGUUUCCAGGACCUGCAAGACAGGGGAGCAGAGACGGGUGCUCCCUCCUGCUCCUCCUCUGCCACCGAAGCCCAAGACCCUCCCUCCCAGUGCCAGGCUAGCCAAUGGACCACCAGCCUGGAAGCCGGGGGUCCAGAGGAGCGCUUCCACUUCUACACAGGAGAGCAUCGUUCAGUGGUUCAAGGCCGAGCAGCUCCCUCUCCGUGCGGGCUUUGAGAAGGCGGCAGACCAAGUGGCUCCCUGGUUCCACGGCAUUUUGACAACAAAGGAGGCCGAAGAGCUGCUCAGCCAUUCCGUGCCUGGGACCUUUUUGAUCCGGGUCAGUGAGAAGAUCCAAGGCUACGUCCUCUCCUACCUGUCCGCGGAGGGCUGCAAGCACUUCCUGAUAGAUGCUUCGGGGGAGUCCUACAGCUUCCUGGGGGUGGACCAGCUGCAGCAUUCCACGCUGGCAGACUUGGUCGAGUACCACAAGGAUGAGCCCAUCACGUCUUUGGGGAAGGAGCUUCUGUUUUUCCCCUGUGGCCAGCAGGGUCAGGAGCCCGAUUACCUGGAUCUCUUCCAGUGAAGCCUGCCGUUUUUAUCCCUGGCCAUGUAGAGGAAUGUUCCUUGGUGUGGAGUUUUGGACUGAACCACAGCGACCGUCUUCCAGCUCUUCCCAUGGCCUCUCAAGCUGCAGAUAUGUUUGAUGAUCAGGACAUUAAAGGCUGGUCACUCUUGUCCGCUGACUGCUAUCAGCCAUUGGACAAAAAGCCCCAUCAAGGUAAGAAGAAACAGGACACAAAAUUCUAGUGGCAUGAAGGAAAGGACAGCAAAACAAGCUCCUUGUGCAACGGCAUUAAACUUCCCGCCAUCUUUGUUCCUGCUAAAGCCUGCCAUCGUGCACUGUUGAAAGGAGGUGACAUUGCACAUCUCCCAAGUAUGAGUUCCACCAUUUCCUGAAAAAUACUUGAAAGGGUUGUCUUGUUGGUAAAAGACACCUGGAGAAAUACUAAGAGUUGCCUUUGUAGCAGCCAGAGGGUGAGCACGCUCUGCUCCCAGAAGCUGGUGGCGGGGAGGGGGGGGGAGGGGAUGUAAUGGAGAACUCUCCGCCGUGGCCACUGAGACUUCGAAAAUAAACCAGUGCCAGCAUUGCCCCUCGGCUUGCUUUAGUCUUUCCAACGGGUCUGGCUUGCCACUGAGUGA